AUUUGAUAAGCAUGAAUGGAGGCAUCCACAACACCCUUGGAUCCCAAAAUGAGCGAAAGCACGAUCGAAUCCACCAGCGGCAUCCACGGCAGCGCAAGCAACAAGCAAACCACAAACUUCUCGAUGGCACUCCAGUAUAUCAACGCCGUGAAGAACCCUCGAUUCUCAAACGCCCCAAACACCGUCGUCAGAUCCGCCUUCAUCGCCAACGUCGCCACAAACACGGGGAAGAAAAUCGCCUGCGGUAUCGUCUCUAGGGUUUCCACCAGCGACGACCCAAACGGCGGCCCAGCAGGAAUCGCCAGCCCAAACACAAACGCGCCAAGGCUGAAAGCCAGCAUCAGCCCAUCAAAAAGCACCACGUAGCCCACCGCCACCGCUAGGGUUAGCGACACGUAGGCCGCCUUCACCCGGCUGCCUUGCGGCGUACGCUUCACGACCCGAACCAUCGCCGGGCGGAACACCAACACCGCGACGGCCAUGGAGAACAACGCCACGAAUAUGUUGCGCAAGCGUCCCGGCGCGUCGAGAUGCAUGGUCAACGUCAUCCCCACGAGGUUGAAAACGGCGCCGAAUAGUCCCGAGACGAGGGACGAGGAUAGAGCCAGCCUGCCGAUCUCGGAGUUGGUCAGCUUGAGCUCGUGGACGAGCUGCGCGACGACGGGGAACGUGGUGAGGGAUUGGAUGCCUGUGAUGCCGACGAUGCUGCUCACCGUCAGCUUGCUGUCCGCCCGAGCGAUUUGCUGCCGUUGGAAGAGGAGGCCGACGGCGAGUGGGAUGACCAUGGAGGCUACGCCCAUGGUCAUGACUUUUUUCCCCGACCGGAUCACCAUGGCCACGUCCAUUUUCACGGCGGCGAGGAACGUGAAGGUGCAGUAUCCCCAGAUCCCUACCACGUCCAGGGUUUCGUGGGAGGCCUCGGGGAAUAGCGUGUUUCGCACGAAAUCGGUCCUCGCGAGGAAGGCUUUGAGACACGAAGGAGGGGAUGCUGAAGCGCUUGAGAAUGUAAUUCAGGGAGUUGCUGAUAACGUAGAUGAGGAGGAUUUGGAGGUUGAGGAGCGGCAAUGAAGCUGAGAAUACAUCUUCCAUGAGGGUGAAUCCAUCUCCAAAACUCUCUACGCUGAUUAGCGGCGGGAAGUUGUAGCAAACCGUUUCAUUUUUCCAGGUGACUUCUGGCACCAUGUUUGAUGCUUCAGGUAGUUUAACCGAUGGGUGAAGAAAUGAUGGGACGGGAAGAAAUUGUUGGUCAAGGAGCAAAACUCAAUUUCUUCCCCCUUCAUUUGUUAGGGUUGAGAUCGGGGGGAAAUAUUAUGGUUUUUUGUAAUUACGAAGCUUAUUUCAGUUUUUGUUUUGGGAUACAAAACUCUUGUUUUUAAUUCUCGUGUUAGGU